AUGAAUGAUGGAUUUCUGCUUAAAUACACAAAUUUUAUCUAUCUAUCUAUCUAUCUAUCUAUCUAUCUAUCUAUCUAUCUAUCUAUCUAUAUAGGCAAGCGGCAACUCAAAAAAAUCCAGAAACUAAUGAAGUCCCUCAAUAUUCAGCAACGUCAAGCGAUCGUUGCGAGAUCCGUGAAAAAAGAAUCUCUCCUUUAUCACGCGUGCGCAAUCGGAUGUAAGAACAUCGUCAAGUACCUUGUCGUCGAAUGUGGAGCUGACGUCGAGCAGAGAGGGCGACUUGGUCGAGUUAGUCGAAGCCCUCUUUUUAUCGCGGUAUGGAAUAAACACAGCUCAGUGGUGAAGACACUCGUCAAACUUGGCGCUGACGUCAACACCAAAGAUUUCUGCGGCACGAAUAUUGUUAGUAUGGCAUGGGACAACAAGCAGCUGGCCACAGCAAAGUUCCUUGUCGAACAUGGCGCCACGAUAAACAGCGCUGACAACAUGCGCAGAUCAAUUCGAAACACUGAUUACAUUCGCUUCUUAUUGACAGCCGGCAUUGAUGUCAAUUUGACGGAUGAGCUCGGUAGGCAUGCUCUCAUUCACGCCGCUGAAGUGGGCCAACUGCCUGUCGUAAAACUGCUUCUCCAUCAUAACGCUGAUAUUCACCAUAGAGAUAACUCCGGUGAUAAUGCCCUCAGCGUGGCGAUUUAUAAUAAUCAGCAUGCAAUCCGUGAUCUCUUGAUGAGCAGUGGAUACACUGAAAAGGACAUGGCACUGACUCUUGAAUUUCUCGGCUGCAAACAUGUGAUUUUCGUCCCGCGUCUGCGACUAGCUAUAAAGUACUGGCUGAUGGCUCUGAAAAUACGCCAUGAGCUCGCAAGCGAUAUUGAUCCCUUAUCUCUGGCGAACGUGCCUGAGGGAACGAUCAUAUCUUUGGGUCAGGAAUGUCAAACGAGCUCGCAGUUGAUCCAAAUGCGCCUAGAUCUGAAGACGAUGCAGUUUCAGGCGCUUACGAAACUCAUACGGAUCUUCGGAGCUCAGCACCAGAUAACGACGAAAGCGUUCGUUGGGGUUUCGAUCUCGCUUAUCUUCCGGAACGAUUUUGAAACAUCGUUUUGCUUGAUAGAGCAGGUUCUCUUGUUUAACAAGGAAAACCAGGAACCUGUUUUGGUUUUGGAUUUCUUCCGGACUGUAUUGGACCGCUUCAAGUCCGCUCCCAGAAGUGAUUUCGAUCAGGCGUUGCAUGCUUUAAAACUACUCCUAGGUUUCAUCGGAGACAAAGAACUCGUCCAGCAGUCACAAUUGAAUCCUUUUCGCUGCAGGUGCAGCGCCGACAAGUAUUACGAUGCCAUGCUGUUGUUUUUGGAGCUGGUCAAUCUGAUUCUCGAACAACAAGUGGACGCGGCCGAAGACCAAGGUCUGCAGAUGAAAGUUGCCGGCGCUGUCCACUUAAACAAGCGUGCUAGUCUCAAGACGACUUUGUUGCAUGCCGCUGUCUUUAACAGGUUCCCCGCUCGUCUUGUUUCACUUCUGGUUCAGUGCGGGGCCAACGUGAAUGCGACUGACGAAAGCGGCAAUACGCCAUUGCAUUACGUUUCGGAAGCGACCGAUGAUGAGUCGAAACGGAUCGCGCGUUUCCUACUGGACAAGGGUAGCCAUGCCGACACUGUAAACCGCUACGGACAUUGCCCACUCUCCUCCCUGCUGGAAAAGAGGAUAAUAAAGGACCCCCUAGAUUAUUUAACGCUUCAGUGCUUGGCGGCGAGAGUCAUUUGCGAAAAGUCGAUUCCUUAUAAGGAUCAAUGUCCGAAGAUAUCUACGUACGUAUGUGAGGGAGAACGCAAGAGCAAGGAGCAGCGAAGCAGUUCGUCGUAUUUUUCCUGCAUUUCUUCUAUUUUGCCGACAACACAGGAUUUUUUCGUCUCUAAUACGCCGACCAAACAGGAAGAUGUUACCAACAAAAUACAGUUGAGAAUAUUUACUAAUAAGAAAAAGAUUCUAAAGAUACAUUCCUGGUGCGUCUAUUGGCCCCAGACUUCUCCAGUAAGGACAACAUCACGAUCAGAAAACAAAGACAACCCGUGA